UCAAGUGCACGCUGCUCAGCUCUUGCUCUAUCUCUCGCUCUGCUUUCAAUACUCUGCUUUUUUAACGUAUAUCACUUUGUUUAAUAUAUUUUGCUCUGAUGGAUUGAAGCGUUAGCCUAUGCAACUGAACUGCACCGCUCUGCAAGGGGUUUCGCUGUACGCACCGGUUGGAAAAAGCCAUUACGUGCCAGGGCACAGGCACUCGGGCUAAUAAUUUGAGCGGCUAGAAUACUCAUUGUUCCGCGUCUGGAUUUGCUGACUGAUUGAAUAGUCGCGUUUUCACCUUCAUUUUAUUAACUUUGUAAACAUUGCCACGUUCCAUCUUGCGCAACGUCCUUGCUAUCGCGUUUUUACCAUUUCCUCAGAGGCAACAUUUGAGGAUAUUUUCUUAUAUUUCCCAACGUUUAAAGAACGUUAUCGCAUAAUUGCUCAUUUUAUCUUGGAUUUUUCGGAAGCUAUUCGGAUAGAAGAACCAAAGAGUUUGUCCUCUUGGCACAGUGGAUAAAAGUGAACUGGUUCCGAGGUGGGACACAGUAAAGACGUUUUGGUUUGUCUCUGCUGCGCUUUGGACUGAAAAUCUGGAUUUUCUGAACCUUUUCCUCUUUGGAAAAUAACAGCAAAAUAACUCAGGUGUCGCAUUUUUUUCUGCCAUCACUUGAUUAGGUCGCACGGAUAUUAAUUCGUUUCCGUCUCACUCUUCGCUAGUCUUCGUUCGCGCUGAAUCCGACAGACUCAGUGCGGAGUUGGGUGCACGGCAGAGCUACCAUAUGCCUAAUAUGCUUGUAGUUUUUACAAGCAUACACUUACCCUUAAUAAGAAAGCGCUGAGAAAUUUAAAUGCGCGCUGGACUACAUGGAUUUGGUGGAAUGCGCUAUUUACAGCUUCAUUUCCCAGUCUUUGCGCGUCUAGAUAGGAACUCGUUGUCCAGCGAUUCAUCCUUUUUCUUUUUCUUUGGUUUCUCAACCCUCCGCGCGCCCUCUGUAGCCGCUCCGCUUCGGGACCUUUCUUGAUUGUUGAUUAUGCCACUGGUGAAAGUUGUGUGUACCCCAGCAAAGGGACUGCUCUACGGCUUUAACAGCUGAGUACAGUAGAUGUGUGUGGAGAGUGGAAGCUGUGUAACUCGAGGCGGGGUUAAAGUUCAACUCUAUGGAGCGGUGAAGCGCUGGUUGCAGUUCGCAGAGUUGGAAAUGUGAAAGCAAGGAGCAGGCUUGAUUUUUUUCCCUCUCUCUCCCUUCUUUCUCUGUCUCUCUCCUUUUUUUUCUUUUCACACACGGACACAAACACCACGCACACACAUACACAUACACACACGUACACAUAUACAUACACAUUUACAUAUACACAUCACUUAACAUACAUAAACAAGCAGACGCUCUGUACAGACAGACACACCUCACAGAUCCAAAAUAAAACACAGAAGGCAUGUAUUCUCCGCUAUGUCUAACACAGGAUGAAUUCCAUCCAUUCAUCGAAGCGCUGCUGCCCCACGUGCGGGCGUUCGCCUACACGUGGUUCAACCUGCAGGCCCGCAAGCGAAAGUACUUCAAGAAGCACGAGAAGCGCAUGUCCAAGGAAGAGGAGCGCGCGGUGAAGGACGAGCUGCUCAGCGAGAAGCCCGAGGUCAAGCAGAAGUGGGCCUCCCGGCUCCUGGCCAAGCUGCGCAAGGACAUCCGGCCCGAGUUCCGAGAGGAUUUUGUGCUCACCGUCACCGGCAAGAAGCCGCCCUGCUGCGUGCUCUCCAACCCCGACCAGAAGGGCAAGAUGCGCAGGAUCGACUGCCUCCGCCAGGCAGACAAAGUCUGGAGGCUGGACCUGGUCAUGGUGAUUUUAUUCAAAGGUAUUCCUCUCGAAAGUACUGACGGCGAACGCCUGGUAAAGUCCCCGCAGUGCUCGAACCCAGGGCUUUGUGUGCAGCCUCAUCACAUAGGAGUGUCAGUAAAGGAGCUGGACCUGUACUUGGCCUACUUCGUACACACAGAAUCAGGACAGUCUGAAAGUCCAAACCAGCCCAGUGAAGCUGACAUCAAGGACCAGCCAGAAAACGGACACCUGGGCUUCCAGGACAGUUUUGUCACGUCAGGUGUCUUCAGCGUCUCGGAGCUGGUGCGAGUCUCACAGACGCCCAUCGCCGCGGGGACGGGGCCCAACUUCUCCCUGGCGGACCUGGACAGCUCCUCCUACUACAGCAUGAGCCCCGGGGCCAUGCGCCGGCCCCUCCCCAGCACCUCCUCCAGCAGCUCCGCGAAGCGCAUCAAGUGCAUGGAGGACGAGGUGGACAGUCCAGGAGAGGAGUCGUACUACCCCGGCCAGGGGCGCUCCCCGGGCAGCGGCAGCCAGGCCAGCAGCUGGCAUGAAGUGGAGCCAGCUGGAUAUAAACUGCGCGGCUCGCUAGCUAGUACGUUCAUCUCAAGACAAGGGAUGCCAUCGCCUACUACAUUAAAGAAGUCAGAGAAGUCUGGUUUCAGCAGCCCCGUGCCUUCGCAGAGCUCCUCCCCCAGAACGGCAUUCACACACCAUCAUCGGCCUGUCAUUACAGGACCCAGAGCGAGUCCACACGCCACGCCGUCAAGUCUCCAUUUCCCGACGUCGCCCAUCAUCCAGCAGCCCGGCUCCUACUUCUCCCACCCCGCCAUCCGGUACCACCCCCAGGAGACCCUCAAGGAGUUUGUCCAACUUGUCUGCCCUGACAGUGGUCAGCAGGCUGGACAGGUGGGGUUCCUUAAUCCCAAUGGGAGCAGUCAAGGAAAGGUGCACAACCCGUUCCUCCCCACGCCCAUGCUGCCCCCUCCGCCGCCCCCGCCCAUGGCGCGACCCGUGCCCCUGCCCGUGUCAGACUCCAAACCGCCCUCCACCUCCACGGAGGGAGGGGGCAACUCCCCCACCUCGCCAACCUACUCCACGCCCAGCACAUCCCCGGCGCAGCGCUUCGUCAGUGUGGGCCCCCGAGACCCCAGCUUUGUAAAUAUCCCUCAGCAGCCUCAGUGGUACCUGGGCUAAGGACUCCAGACUUUCAGCGCCCGCUCGACAGACCACUCAACCCCCGCUGUGCCCCCUGAGUGAAACCUGCAAACCUGUACACCUGUCUGACAGAGAGGAGCCGCCCGCAGCCCCGCCCCCACGCCCCCAACCCCAAAAAAAAAAACACAGCUGCACCGAGAGAAGCAUGGCUACAGCAGAACCCCUGCCCCUCCCCGAAACAAGAGGAAACUACACACACCGAUACAGGCAUAUUCUAUAUACCUAUAUAACCCGUACAUGUGUAUGUAUGUGUAUGGUUUAUAUAUUUAUAUUUAUAUAUGGGAGCUGUCAGUCUCUGUUGAAAGUCCUUGUUGGAGCACCGUGAGUGUUUUUAUUGUUUUUGUUUUUCUUUGGUUUCUGGAGAAGAGCCCGUUGGGUUCUUGCGGUCGCCCAUGCUGACUGAGGGGCUGAAACGCGCAGUGACUCGAUCAGAGAGCUUCCCUCGGCCUUGCCUGGCAGGGGGUCUUAAACAGGUCAGCCGCAGACCCACAGGAAGCUGUGCGUCCGUGCGUACGCCUGACCGUCUGUGUAUAUAUCGCUCUGGGGCUCGGGCCCCGAAACAGCGGAAGGUUCGAGGUCUUUGUUUGGUGUUGUUGUUUUUCUUUCAUUGGUUCUGCUAUAUUAAUCGUUUUUUUCUGUUGACCUGGUUGGGUGGCUCGUGAAUGAGGAGGCUUUACCUGGGUCAGAUACCACCAGGUAAAGCCUCUCUCGCUGGCCCCCGCCGCCUCGUCCUCCACGCUCUCGCUGACGCUGACGCUGACGCUGACGCUGGCGGUGGAGACCGUAGCCCUGCAGAGUCAGAAAGCAUCUCGUCCGAGCUUUCCCAGGACACGCCGCCGAGUGAAAUGGAGAACAAGUGGCAAAAAAAUCACAGUCUUCUGUAACGUUUACGGGGCAGGGGGUGAGGCGGUGGGGCGGGGGGGGGUCGUAACAUUUUGAUAUGGUCAGUCGUGACAAAAAUAAGACAACGGAAGUUUGAAAGUUAAAAUUUUAAAUGGGGAGGGGCGGGGGGGUUUUGAAAAAACUCCUCCCGUCUUGGAGGCAUGUUCAUGUUUCAUUUUGUAACAAAAUAAUUUCCGUUAUUACCAGCAACCCCUCCAAAAGGUCUGUGCUAUAUAAGGGUGGAUACAUAGUCUGUUCCUCCAUAAAAAACUAAGACAGACGUAAACAACUGAAGGCAAACAGUGGAAUAUCAACAUGAGGAAAGUGCAAUUUCGUUGGAUAGCUGUUGGAUAGUUAAUAUCUUUGUAAGAUAGAUAUUGUUGAAACGAUUGUGAAAAGUAUAUAUAUAUUUUUCUUCCUAGUCCAUUCACACCUCCGGGACUCUAAAAUAUCGGGGUACAAAAAAAAAUAAAAAUAAAAAAACUAAAGCUAGAAUCAUAGCCUUGUGUGAAAUAAGGGGAGCUGUGUUUGCUUUUUACGUUGUUUUUUUUACUUGUUUGUUUGUUCAUCUUGUAAAUUGAUUACUAUUUUGUGACAAAUCUCCCUUUAAGAAAUAUCACCAGUUAAACAAUCAAUUUUGAAAACAUUUCUCGCCGCUUUUAAACUAUUUACCGUGUUAUUUUUGGAAAAGCUACGCAAUCGAAUUCUUUUUAACAAAGCACAUCAUUUGAGAAGAGUUAUCAGCAUACUCAUUCCUCCGGAGGCAGAACCAGGUGUGUACGAUGUGAACAGAUCUGAAUUGUAUAAAGGGUCGUUUUUUUUUUUGUUUUUUUUUCCCAAAAGAAAUAAGUCAGCUUUCCGUCGGGAAGGACAUCACAGACAGGUGUCCAAGCUUGGGUCGGAGCGUGGUUAGAGAGGCCUGCUUUUAGCCUUCUUCUUUCUUGAAGCACUUAUGUCUGCAGUAGGUUUGCAGGCUGCGAGUCUCUAGUGUACAAGGGGUGAGAUUUGAAAGUAAAAAGAAAAAAGGACCUCUAAAAAAAAAAGAAUACAUGUGAAUAUCACAUUGGACAAGACCUGCAACCAGACUGCGAAGCUUCUGAGCUGCUUCGCAUGUAACUUACUAUUUUAUGAUUUUGGUUUUGUUCUUUGUUUCCUAUAAUAUACGUAUAUUUACACUAUUAUGACCGACUCAUCCUCCGUCGAUCAAAACUGAACAAAAACAAAAAAAAAGAAAAUGUCAAAAAAAAUCUGCAUGUUCUAGUGUUAGUGACAAAUUUUUACAUAGAUUAUGUAGACUUCAAGUAGUGUGAAUAAAGACAAUAUUGUAACCCAAGAUCAGGCACUUGCCGAUAGACUAUAUUUGUUUGGCCCCUGAAAAAAGGGUUUUUUUACUGCUGUCCUUCACAAUGAACCAGCUCAACGUCUUUCAGACUCUUCUACGCUUCUCAUUCUUUCCUUAUUGUUUUCUUUCCUCUCUCUCUCUCUCUCUUGUGUUCCCUUUGAAAAUUUCAAAUUUUUAAACAGUUCUGUUUCUUUUUUGUGUUCACAAAUUGCACGAAACAAUUGUUCCUCAUCAAUGUGCCUUGAGAGAUGGUCUAAGUCCUGAGUUGUUGCACAAGUUACAAUGUGGAGAAUUUAGUUUUUCUUUGUAUUCCACCCCGAAUCCCAUUGUGUAGGAAACUGGAGUGAAUACAAUCGUACAAUUCUACGACUAAUACUAAUAAUGGUAACAGCAAUUAUGAUAAUGACGAUAACCUAUUAUUACGUUCAGCCAUUUGAAUGCGUCUCAGGCCUGUAUGUUGAUGACAGCGCAUUGCUAGUUUUGAUGCAACGUCAGUACUGUGUCCGUACGAGACCAUGAAACACAGUCUCUCAGUCUUGUGCUGGUGUUUAACCAGGCCAGUGUCAAUCAUCAAGAUAUGCCCCCCCCCCCCCGUUUGUUGUAUAGUGGAUAGGAGUAGGCUCUUAGGUUCUUAGUGUCCUGUAGAUAGUUGACACCUUCAUCCCCAAAUCCUUUUAAUGUUGACGGUAGUAUAUUGAUAUUUAUGGAUGUUGCUGCAAUUUCUAAAUGAAACUACUUUUUUUGUUUGUUUUGUUUUUUUUUUACUCCCAGAAAAGAUUAAUGAGAAAAAAAAAUAUGCAAUAUCUGCUUGCACUCAUGUAGACAUACACUAGUCACUUAUUUUUUUUAUUAUUAUUUUUUUUAACCAAAGUUAGUGCAGCGCUUGACUGGCCGGUUAGUUGGGCGUCAGUCUGUGCCUGCAGGAGAACUUGACAUGGGCACGCAAAGCCCGUUCAGCCUCGUUUGGGUAUGUUACUUUCCUUCAUUUGGCAUUCGGAAAGCGGUAGAUGUGUUAGGGAUUUCUCUCAGUUGGUCACAAGCAAGCCUUAAACGAGUCACCUUCUUCUCCGUCACAGACCCGCAGUCAUUUUCUGACAUAGUGAAAUAUAUCACAUUCAGGAGAAACCGAUAAGAAAAGGCCCAUUUUUAUAUGUACAUUUUGACAGACUUCCAAGUUAUAUGAAUUGUUUACCUAUGAUCUACUAUUACAUUUAUUAUGAAAAACAGCUAGAGUAUGGGGAUUGUUUUCCUAGGUGUCUGACGUGAUGGUUUAGUAGUUACACUCGUGUGGGUUGUGUGUUUUUUUAGUGUGUUUCUGUUUUGUCAUUGUUCUUGCCUACCCUUUAGCAUUGAGUUGGGCAUUACUUUCUUAAUUAUCUGCACUAAGUACAAAAUAAAUGACAUCAAUAGAGAAUUUAAAAAUACAGGUUCCAGGGCUUAAGAGCGAAGGGAAACAUGAAUUGCACGGACAUUUUUGUCACAAAACCUUGUUUAGAGCAGCCUAGCAUCUAAUCAGCAAGAUUAGGCUGUGCGCGUGUAAGAUAUGACAAAGUUGCACCCUUUUUAAAGAAAGAAAAAAAGAAAAAUAAGAAUAUUAAAGCAAUAGUUUGGGCAGUCUGUUUUUUUGUUUUGUUUGUUUUUUUGAUGUGUGUGUGUAAAUUAGCUGUGGGUACAAAAGUGGAAAAGAUACGUAAAGAGAAAAGGAAAUACCUAAAGGAUACAGGCGUAGAACCCGGGCGCAAACGAGGCUGGAGAGCCUAGCAGCGUGGAAAAAGUCUUGUUUGUAUGUUGUAUAGUUUUAUUAAUUACACUGAUUUUAAAGCUGCCCUAUUUUAUAAUGCAGGACUUUUGUAACAUUGAUUAAAUGAGGAAAAAAUAGUGUUGUGAAUUUUAUGAUUGUUUGUAUUAAGGCCACAUUAAUAGAAUUGAUUUUGUUUGUUCUCCGGGGAACUGGAUUUAAGUUGAAAACUUUCCUGUCUCCCCUUUUUUCGUUUUUUUUUUUUUUCUUUUUUCUUUUUUGUAUGUAUUUAAAGACUUUUCUUUCUCUUUUGAUGGUAUAGCCUAUUCCUAUACUUAAAAAGUACAGGAUGUUGAGGACAAAAUACCCAUUGUAAAUGGAUGUUACAAGUAUGCUGUAUGUUUUGAAGGUUAUUUGUUGCAUCAGUAUUGAUGAAGCUACAUUUAGGUAAUUCUGAGAAAAUUGGCUAAAGGAGAGCGUUUUUUAUGCAUUUUAAAAUUAGUUUAGGCAGAAGACAAUGACAUAGACAGCCAAAGGAUGCCCCUAUUAUAAAUGCAUCUAGGCAUCUUUUUUGUGUUCACCAUUCCAUACAGGGAAAAAAAAAUAAACAGCUUGAUUAUCAACAUGAUUCUUUUUCUUUUCAACGCAUUACUCCCUGUUCCCUCACCAUCUCUCCCCACAACCAGUGUGACUGCAACCAGAGUUUGAGUAAAUGAAACAGCAGUGUCCGGCUGUAAGACCCUGCUUUAGACUUCAUACAGCGUUCGUUGACCCAUCCAGUCAAGCCACCUCAGUAGACGAGCCCUCACAAGGCUCAGGUGGGACUUCCUGCCAGUUUUCUGUGCAGCGUUUAACCCGAGGAGCAUUUAAAAUCCCCCGCUUGCCGGGUUCAUAUGGAGGGCGAGACUGUCUGCCACAGCCAGGUCAGGUGUGGCCUGGAUGUGUGGAGAGGAACAUGAAGUUGCCUGAAAAGUUCCUUCAUAAAGGUCGGCCAUGCAUGUUAUAUGCAAAGUGUAUUUACGUGAAAUCCGAACGCUCAGGUCUCCAUUAUUCAGACUUACAGUGAUUUUAGGAAUUUAGGCAGACACAGAAUGGGUGUUUGGGAAAACGGUUGUUAAUUCAAGAUUUUGGUCCUCUUUCACUCCUUAUGCAAUGUCUGGCAUUGGCACUGCCUACAAAACUGUGUUCCCCAAGUUUAGAAUGAGCCUGGACCUUCCACAGUCUCCCAGCAUGCCUGGGCCUUGCCCCGUAUAAAAUCCAUUCAAGUGUUUGAACAGAAAGUCAACCGAACGGCAGUAUUUACGAGAAUCAAUGAACAAAACUAAGAGCUCUUAUAACAAAAGGUUAUUGUUUUCAGGCUGGUCUUGGUCUGAGCAAUGGUGGUACGCAUUUCAUGUUUCAAAAUGUUCUUUUAAACCAUUUCAUUAUUUAUUCUGAACAUUCUCACCAAUCACCUCCACUUGCUUUUCUCCACUAAGGAGGAACAGUAACGCUGGCCACGCUAUGGGGGAGGUGAAUGAUGGGUCUUUAGUGAUCGCUAGCAGUGCUCCCCCUCUUGCCCCUCUCCCCGCCUGGAGUCAUGUGAUCCGGACAACCGCUCUGUUCUGUCCUGGUGGCCAAACAAACCUGAACUGCACCCUUAUGUGCGGGAGCCAUGACAGUGUGACCAGAGAGAACAGGGCUGGGUGCGGCUGGGUGCGGCUGGGCUUCCUGCCCUAGCCGAGGGAGCGUAGCAUUGCUAGGCUGGAACGCCUGGGGACCCGCAUAGAGAUUUUAUGAGCCACGUUAGCGUCAGGGUGUCACUGAACAUUUUACGCAUAUUAAAAAUAUCACUGUCAGUGUCAUCUUCCUUAUUUUAAAAAAAUGCUCUUUGUAUACAUUUGGCAGAUAACAGAAUACAGCAAUGUGGUGGAGUCCAUCACUUGAUGUUACACUAUUAACUUGAUGGUGGGAAAGAACUUCCGAGAGAUGCCUCAGCCAAGCCAUAUCACCUGAAUUAUCUCAGUUUGGAUUGAGAGACGAGGGUUUUCAUGAAGGGGAAUGCUUUGUGAUUGUGAAAGUUUUUUUGUUUCAUGUUUUGUUUUUCUUAUUUGUUUCAUUGCCUAAAUGAAAGCACUUCCAGGUUCGGCGUCACCUUGAACAAUGCUGUCAGGUUGCUAUACUGUAAUUGGGUGUGAAAUUUAAGUGGAGAGGACUCGCUCUGUCCUCGUUCUCCAUCCCCCACCCUGUUUCCCUGGAUGUUAACAGGGUUCAGUGGCUAAUUAUUUUGACUUUCAUGACUUGAAAAUGUUUUGUUUUGUAUUUUGACUGCGUCUGAAGAGUUCUGCCAUUGCAACAGGAAACAGGGUUGAAUGAAGGCCUGUCAUCGUGGCUGUGCAUGGCAGGCCUUUGUUGUGUUUUGUCUGUCCAAAUUCUUGUGGGCACUGUUGGCCUAGAGAUAUUCCCCCUCCCCUUUUACCCUUAAAAAUUAAGUACUGAGAAUGAAUACUGAGACCUGAGGAUAGGGAACGUGAAACAAAUGGAUUGCAAUGGCGAUGGCAGGAUUGUUCAGACCGUAAGCAGGGUAUUGUUGAUAUGAAUAUAUAUGAGAAGCAUAACCAUUCCAAUGGCAAAAAGAGACAUUUACCAUUGGUCUGAUGUGUUUUAAGUGGUGUAUGGUAUGAAAAUAGUGUCAUAUUUGUAUGAAGAGCUUCAAUGACACCUGAACUGAGACAGAUCUUAGAUCUAGCAGAAUUCAUUUUUUGGCUCCCAAUAAAGUGCAGCCUCCACAUUGAAAGUAACAUUAUGCAUUUUCAGAUUUGUUUUGUUUCGGAUGCAUUUGUGGAGUGGACAGUAUUCAGAAGAGACGUUUGGCAUUUUAAUGACUUCGUUAUGCCAUUGCUGGACCAAAGUGAAAAUCAAGAAAAUCUAUUCUUCACAUUGUUACUAGUGUCCAGUCCGUGAACACACAGCAACAGAAACAUACAAGUGACUUUAGAACAAUAAAAGUGAUUUUUCUUUUUUUUUUUUUUUUUUUUUUUGUGAAAGGAGGUAACAUUGAAGCUGUUCCUUUGGACUCAACUGAAAUGCAGUGUCACCAGUCUUUGGAGAGGAAGUUUUGCCCUUCUAUUGCAGAACCAUUACACGGUGCUAAUUCAGGCUGGUUAUGAGGAAGACAAACUGAACAUGUGACAAUUUAGACUCAUUCAUUUGCUUUCCGACAGCGUAUACAGCAUAGCAGUUUAAUCUGCAUGAGAACUAUGCACUAAUCAAAUAUAUGGAAAUAUAUAUAUAACAUAUCGAUGUAUAUGUAAUAUAUAUAUAUAUAUAUAUAUGUUCUAAAAUGGCAAAACUUUGGUAUCUACUUUGUUAUCUUCAGCCUUUGCCUUCUUUUAUGGUCAGUGUUUUUCGAUAUUCCAGCUAAAGGACAGAACAAAUUAUAUGGAAUUCAAAAAAUAUGAAAAUAAAGAACAAACCAGCAUAUUACCUGAUAUAUUAAAAAGAACAGAUGUAGUGCCUGUGAUUAUACUGUAUUAUACUGCUCUUCUGAAUAAUGAAUAUUGUUUGUUAUUGUUUAAAUUUCUCAACACCGGUAGCCUUUGCUGUCUGUCAGACCCUUCUGAUUAUAGCUGAUGUACAAUAACCAUAAGAUAUAACUGCAUGCUCUUCCAUAAUCGCCUAGUAAGCUGUUAUGAAUAUUACUAAAAAAAUCUACAAAAAACAAGAACGUUAUGUUAGUCUUUUAUUCCACCCGACACCCAAAGCUCUCUCCUUUUCUCCCUCCCCUUUCCCUCUUCUCUGAGGUCUGUUUUUAUUUGUUUCUUUGUUUUCAGAUUGUAUCCUUCUCAGUUUUCCAUUUUGACUCCAUAUUCAUCAUGAAUUUCUGGGGGUUUGGGAUUUUUUUAUUAAUAUUUGCCCCUUUUUUUAUGGGAAGCCAUCGCCUCCGAGUUGUCACGUAUUUUUCUUUCUGCUUUCACUUUGGUGAGACAUCCCCUUAAAUCUCCAUUCACACCCGGAGGGAUGGAUGUGGUGCUGUGGAGACUGUCGGGACCUGACCAGGAGUUUACACUGACUGCGGUGCCCCACACUUGUCGGACUUUGACAAUCUUUACCGUCUGAUCAAUUCGAUUCACGUCUGUGCCCUUGUCUCUCUCGUGUAGUCACCAUAUGCUGUCAGGACAGAGUAGAGCUUAUGUUAGUCUGAAGUAAAAGAAAAUGUAUUAUUACCCUUUUCAAGAUAGUGCAGCAAAUGUACAAUAUAGGCUGGUUUUAUCUAAACAGAAAACAAUAUGCUGAAGAAUCGAUACCUUCAUCAUAUAUAGUCCAGUCAGCACUAUUGGAGACAAAAUCCCCGCUUGAGUGGUGUGGGGUCUGGGAAGGGUUUGGGAAAGAACCUCGGUCAGUUCCCUCGAUAGCACUUCAAAAGAGGAGCUUCAGUGUGAAUGUUGAUCGGAACGGUCAAAUAAACAGAAGCCACACCUCGGAGACACUGGCUAAAUGCCACACAGCUCCAGACCUGUAAUGCCACGCACCCUGAUGCAAAGCCUUAGAAAUCAACCCCCCCCCCUAAACCGACCACUUAAGUCCCCCAGUCAAUAUUGGAAAAAUCUGCUUUUGUUGAACUUGCAGAAAAAGAAAAAAAUGUGGACUUCAAAGCUGUCUCUUGUCUGUUCCUCUAAGUUACGUUGGUAAUGUUGUAUUGCACUGUCGAUGAUUAAGCUACAGGUAAUUAAUACUGUGUUUUAGGAAUGGAUUUGAUCCUAUCUCGGUGAAUAGGUCCCUGACGUCUCAAUGAGUGGAUUUUUAGACGGAAACCUCUGCUUUCUGCUGAGAAAACAAAAAACGGAAAUAAUAAAUGUCAUGUUCCACAGAUCCCUUUGUGUUCAGUUUCUUUCUAGUCGAACAUCCCUGUUUUAAAUUUAAAUCCCUACUAAAACACAACUGUAGGAGGCACUCACAAAAGUCUUUGGAGACUUCUGGAGGUCAUACCAGUUGUUGGGUAUUGGGGGAGGGUGGGGUGGGGUGGGGGGGGGGCAGAGGUGAAGGGAAACGGAUAAGCAUUGUAGAGUUUAAAAAAAAAAAAAAACCUUUUUUUCCUGAGCAAGGAAACUCCUCAAAAUCCAGUGGUACAGCAUUGCUGCCAAGACUUGUAAUCAUGAUGAAGACAAUCGUAAGCGGUCAGCCCGAGUCCUGGCUUUAUGUACUGUAGAGUGCCUGGAGUGGACCCCUCGCUGUACUGGGCCCCCCGUCCGCCGUCCCGCUGUCCUGCUGUCCUCCAGACCACAUCUCUCCCUUUUCUCUGACCUCCAUCGCCGCCUGCAUCCUUUCAUCCUGUGUUGCACUGUUUUUGCUUAGCUCACCUCAUCCACACGCCAUUGGAUAUCUGUAGAAGUAUGGUUAACAAAAAGUAAAAAAAAAAUAAAAAUAAAAAAAUGAAAUCAAAUGAAACCUUGUGCCUCUAUUACACCUGUACUGAACUGACUGGUAGCCAUAAUACCCAUUGUUUAUUUGUGAUGUUACUAGCUCCAUUGUCAGUUAAAAUUCAUUGUGUACAGCCUUUUCACAUGUGACUAAAUUUACCACGCAUUUAUCCUUAUAAUGAAUCUGUGAUUAUUUUUCUUUUCCUACUAUUGUUUCUCAAACUGGUGUAGAGUCAUUUUCUCUGGGCCCAUUAGUGCAACCACGUUCUCACACACUCACUUACUGGAAGCAAGAUGUGCAUUUCCUAUGCAACAGAAAAAAAGAAUAAAAACGCUAAUGCUGAA